GCUUAAGGUAUCAUGCGCUAAUAUCCCGUACUCCAAACAUUUUUCCUCAUUCACCAGAAUCAGUGCCUAUACAAGUUCAUUGCAAUCUUCCAAUCCUCCAAUCUAACCUAUUUCCCUCUGCAUCGCUCCCCUGGCCAUUGAUGCAGGAGUACACCUGCUUUCCUUGCCGACAGAUCUUUCGAUCCCGUCUUCGAGAAAGGCUGGUCCAUCUCCAGAAUGGCCGGCGCAGGUUUUAUGCGUCUUCCUCUCUGUCGAACGGAAAACCACGAUAUGCCGAGUCGUGGUAUUGGGAGACAAAGCCUCCUACACAUCAAGAGCUAGCUGCCGCUUCACACUUUUUCAAGCACCAUCUCCCAUUUCGUCAAUGGACGGGCGAUACUUGGCGACACAAAGAGAAUCAAACCGAAGACCUCUUGGUCCCUGAAGUCAUUCUCCUCGGUCGAUCCAAUGUCGGCAAAUCGUCCAUUAUCAAUGCGCUCACCAGUCAAGACCUCAAUCGCGUGAGUGCCACUCCAGGAGCGACACAGGUCAUGGCAGCUUGGACGUUGGCAGCCAAAUAUCGAGAUGGUGGUGCGGUCCCAGGGUGGGAUGGAGACGUUUCUGCCAAAAUAUCACUUGUCGAUAUGCCAGGAUACGGCUUCGGUAGUCAUGCCGAUUGGAGCAAGUCUAUCAUGGGCUAUUUGGUCGAAAGAAGGAACAUCCGCAGAGCUUUUGUGCUUCUAGACUCCGUCCAUGGAGCGACUGGGGCUGACCGCCAUAUGAUUGAGGUUCUACGGGGGCUGGCGAUCCCAUAUCAGAUCGUUGCCACCAAAUGUGAUCGCCUAGUCGCCUAUAAAGGAUCUCAAGACGAAGUCCGUUCCGCACUGACGACUUUGAGAGCACAGGCGCAAUUGGAAACCCAUUAUGAGUUGGGUUUGGGCGAAAUCAUAAGUGUUGGAUCUAUGCAAGUUGCAUCGAAAGGCCAGAGGGCGUCGAAGGAGCCCACAACGCCGUUCGGGUUGCAGAAUCUUCAAUGGGCGGUGCUCAGGGCUGCAGGCCUCGAUACUUACGCGGUAGACAAGGCAUCGGCGCAUGGGGUCUUGAAAAACGUAACUGCAAACGAGCAACCAACCCUACACAUUGAAGGUCCAACACGAUCUGACACUUCUGUGGUCGUUGAAAGUACAGUCAAAGAAGCAGCUGACAAAGGCGACAACCCCUCCGACCCAUUACUCUUGGAUCUUUCCAUCGAGGACUUCAUGCGCGAGAUUCUCAACUCGUCCACUCCACCAUCAUCAGCCUCAACGGCCAAGAUAAGCAGCCCCAGAACCCCUCGGUCCGCAGCCAAAGUCUACAGCGGCGUCAUGAACAAUUUCCUGGCAUUACCUAACGAUCACGUCGCUCCGAUCCCAAACAAAGCCACGGAAGAUGACCGGACUCGGGCGCAGACUGCGAUAGAUGCAGCCCUCCAAUAUGCUCAGAAGGAGCUCCUUGAUGACCCCAUGAGACUCUGGGACGAGCCAAAACCGACGAAAACGAACGCAGCAUCGAAGGAAGGUCUCCCGAUUAUACCCGAGAUCUCGAAGAAAGCAGAUAGUCUGAAUUUGCGCAGGGAGCGCGAGCGCCAACAUGUCAGCCGACAACCGCCCACUGCUGCAAGUAGACCUACCGUGAAGCGGAUCACGCCAGAUAUGGACGCUCCUGUGACCAAGACCAGGCCAGGACCCUGGCAGCAAACCACGCAAGCACCCACUCGAGCCACACAGAAAGGUGUCACUCACGGUAUAGACGCUUUCGAAGCGCUUUUCGAAGAAGAGCCAAAAGGCAGGACACAACGAAACACCGGAAAAAGCGGAAGAGGGCAACCGCGGGCUACGUCUCAGUCCAAGUCGCGUUCCCAGCCUAAAGCGCCUAGUGCCCAGCCUGCCUUUGCUGGCAAGGGAGUGGUUCAAGGCAUGGAUGCUUUCGAAUCGAUGUUUGACGAAGGGAAUUCAAGCUCGUCUUCCGGCAAAAGGAGGCGUCGAUGAUGAGACGGGCAACCGAGUGGUGCCUGUUGAGUGUUAUAAAAUUCGCCUCACACGGCAUUCCCUCAAGACUUAUCAUAUCAGCUGUUGUAUAUUCUGGAUCUAUCUGUCAUAGCACGCAGACUUGUACCAAUAUGUAUCAACAAUCCCAAAAUGACCACGUAUGUGAAGCAGCAGUGUCAUGGCGUGAGCGUGAAUAUGCAAUGCGUGACUAAGCCGUUAUUCAGGAAAUUCUUGUAAGCACAAUCUCA